CGGCCACAGUCACCCUCACUUCACCAGUGAGGAAAGAGAAGUGGGUUGAUCAAAGACCUGAAGCCACCGGCGACGCUCUAUGAACCCGUACUAGGACCCGUACUGAAUCAAUAACUUAGGUAAUUACAGUACAGUACACGGAUUGACACCCGCCAUUAGCUCCCUAUGUCGGGCAGCGCAGUAGAAAGAGCGAAAGGCGCCCGACAAACAAAAAGCUCGCAGCGCGCCAAUUACUCCCUCAACCUCCUCUUCACCCUUUCUACAUACUUUCCCCCCGUAUCUCUUCCCGAUCAGAACGGCCUUUACACUACCCAGCGAUCCGCAUCCGCAUCCCUCGAUCGCACCCAUGGCAGGCCCCGCAUCCCCCGGCAGCGAAGGGCCGACCUUUGCGCCGCCGCCUUUGCCCGCGGGCUGGAUCGCGCAGUGGGACGCUUCGUCCAAGAAGUAUUAUUUUGUGCAGCUGUCGACGGGCCAGUCGCAGUGGGAGACGCCGACCGAGGCCGCUCCCGUAGGCGAGACGCCCGGCGCCCGCAACGAACACCCUUACGGCGUGCCCAACGCAAACGCAAACGCCGACAUUAUUGUUCACCCGGACGGCAGCCAGACGGCGAGGUAUCCGGACGGCAGACUCGAGCCCGUCAACCCCAGGGAGGAUGGCAGUACGACCCCCGGGACGAGGGGUGUCACUGGCGGCGGUGGCGGAGGGGACAGGUCACUUGGGGGCCUCCUUGGAAGCGCCCUGGGCGGUAAUAAAGCCCACGGUGGCGGCGGUGGCGGCAUCGGUGGUCUCGCUGGGUCAGUGCUGGGCGGGCUAGGAGGUAAGACCUCUGGCGGCCAUGGCGGCGGCAGUGGUGGGAUUGGCGGGAAGCUCGCCUCGCAGCUGGCAUCGAAUCUGUUCUCUGGAGGAAGCAAGCCGGGUUCCCAGCCGCAAGGCUAUCACGGUGGACAACCGGCACAUCACUCUGGCUCAUCCGGUGGUCUAGGAGGUCUUGGAGGUCUUGUUGGGGGGGUUGCCGGCAGCUUGCUUGGAGGCAAGCACGGCUCGAGCCAGAACAACUUUGGCUACUCGAACACCGGGCAGACUAGCUACAGCGGUCAAGCCCCUCCUGCGUCGUACCAACCACCCUCGCAGCCAGGGCAGCCGAAUACCGCUCACUCGUACCAAAGCAGCCCGGCACCCUACCAGAACCCGGGUCAGCACCAGCAGCCCCCUUACGGUCAGCAGACUCCGGGGCAGCCGUACACCCCUUCCUACAGUUCACCCGGAGGUCAGCAGCCGCCGCACGCGCAAAGCUACCCGCCUCCGCCGCCCGGCCAGCCCCAAUCAGGCUAUGGUCAGUACGGCCACGCACCCCCGCCGCCGCCAGGACAGCAGCCAUAUGGUUCGUCUGGCGCGCAGCAACCGAGCUACGGUCCGCCGCCAGGUCAACCUCCGUACGGGCAGUCGCACGGACAACCACACGGACAACCACACAGCCAGCCACAAUACAGCGCGGCUGCCUCGUACGGGCAGCCACAGUACGCUCCGCCGCCGACGUCACAGCCGGGGGGACACUCACCGUAUCCCUCGCAGCCAGCGGGGCACUCGCCGUAUCCACCUCAGCAGCAGUAUGCCUCGCAGCCUCACCAGGGAGGAUACGGAUCAGGCCAGUAUCACUAGGGGAUGUACCAUUGCAACUAGGCUAAGCAUUGGCAAAGUGGCCUAUUGAAGGCUGCCCGCUGUUACUGCUGGCAGUCUGCAGAUCCAGAUUGGCUGGCGUGGCUGCUUGGAUACGAGCAGUGGUGGUGUUACUGGGCUGAGGAAGCGGAAGCGGC